ACUCAAUUUAAACUGGGUGUAUCGGAUUAGCUUGUGUGUUUUCAAGCUAGAUGGCAGAAAGUAGUAACCGAUGAUUAAUGAGGUCCAAACAUUUAAUUCCUUUGGAACAGGAACUGUUUACAAAUCGUGUUCUAGCAAAAUUUCAGUCCCAUCUCUGUGUUUGCUCAUUUCAGAUGUUUUGAGGGAGCUGAGCAUGUCAACGACUAAUAUAUAUCUGAUGCUGCGCUGCUAAUGUUCUUCCUGCCCUCACAGUCGCCUGCUGCAGAUGAUCAAGGCUCAGGGCGUGUGUGGCUGCAUAAGCACACGCUGCUGCAGCUGUGUGAUCCAGGUGUGCUCAGGUUUUGCUGCGCAGGCAUCAGCAAAGGGUCAUUUUCCAGCUACGCCGUUUCUCUGCAGGUCAGAACAUGUGCAGCAGCAGAUCCAACCAAUACAGCAGCAGAAUCUGCAGAGUGCUGUAUCAGCACGCCUCCGCUUCUCUCGAGCACCGAGCCGUUGUUGGAAUAAAGUGUCAGAGCUGGUACGGUGUUUAUUGGUGGCAGUAGAUGAUGAUGAUGAUGAUGACUUCACUCAGAAUUGAGAUGUAAUCAGUGGCACGUGGAGCAGGGACGGCUUCACUCUGCAACUAAUAAGCAAGUGUGUCCUCUUCAGUCCAGGUCCCAAAUCCUUUACCUUUUUUGCCAAAUUUCCAAAAUGUUUUGGGCUGAACUUAAAGGGCCCUUGUCUAUUGAUCUAGUCUGCUGCAGUGUGUAAAUCAGAAGAAGUGUUCAACUGGAAACCACCGCACAGCCCAGCUCAUCCCACAGUCUUCUGUUCUGGUCCGUAAUCAGCCUGUUACUUGAUUGUUCAGUGUUUAGUUGGAGAUGUAAUUAUAGUUCCCUUUUACCUUAAACCCAAAUCAUCCAUCAUCACCAAAAUAGGCUGCCUUUAAAAAACACCCAUAUUCUGUUCUCUUCAUUCAAUCAUGUACCAAGUGCUGCAGGGACGUCUAUGACAAAUGGCCUUUUACCCGUGACUUGGCUGCUGCCUGGCGAAGUUCAGUCGUGAUGGAGCAAAGGACAGCGUUAACAAGAGUCAGACUCAGGAAGCACGUGGUAAAGUCCCUCAACGCAGAGUCCUUAUGAUGUUCUCAGGGGAAUCUAACAUUCAUAUUUAUUCAGGAUUUCAUAUGUCAGUUCUUCUGUGUAUGUGUGUGCAGCUGCUGGUACUGAUGCAGGUCUGUCUACUUCACAUGCAGCAGCAUUGUGCAGGUGCUCCGCCACAGAGACGCUGUCCAUGGUGCUGCAGUUAUGGAGGAGGGGUCCGGCGCAGCGCCGUUUGCAUCCCACAGGGCAAAGAAUUAGUUUGUGGUCGCAAUGUGGAUGGUACAGACUUUAAAUAUAAUAAAUCUGACUGUGAAGGACUGAAUAUGUUGGUCUGCGUGUCUAUAGAGCAGCGUACGUUUGCUCCGGAGCGUGUGUGUGAACGCAGCACAUCCCGUCUCGCGGACCCCCCUUGGCUGUGACGUCCCAUCAGUCCCGUCAUGUGUGGCGCGUGGUUGUUGAACCAACACACACCGCCCGGAGCGCGCGCGCGAUAAAUAAUUAAAGCGGUCGGAGGGGAGCUGCUGAUUUGCUGAUGUCAGGGAGCCAGUGCAGCAUUUGAUGGCGCAGGGUGGAAACGCGCGGUGCCAUCUGCCUCGAGCCGAGCUCACACAUGCGCGCGCGACCGGGAAGAUGCUGCGUGCUCUCAAGGUUUGGGCGUUGCUGUCGGCGUCGCUGUGCUGCCUGUCCCAGCCGGCGCACGUGAAGAAGGGCUUCCGAUGCCCUUCAGCGUGCAGCUGCUCCAAGGAGUCCGUCAUAUGCGUGGGCUCCCCGCAUGUGUCGCGGAUCACCCCCGGCGACAUCAAUUCUCUGAGCAUCGUCAACGGGACGUUCACCGAGGUCAAAGAGGCCAUGUUUGCUCACAUGCCAUCCCUCCAGCUGCUGCUUCUGAACUCCAACUCUCUGACAACUAUUCGAGAUGACGCCUUCUCUGGCCUUCCACACCUUGAGUAUCUGUUCAUUGAGAGUAAUAAGAUUGAGACUGUAUCCAGAUAUGCCUUCAGAGGACUCCGGGACCUCACUCAUUUGUCUUUGGCAAACAACAACAUCAAAGCGUUGCCAAGGGAGCUCUUUGCUGAUCUGGACUCACUGAUAGAGCUGGACCUGCGAGGCAACGCCUUUGAGUGCGACUGUCGCGUGAAGUGGCUGAUGACGUGGUUGAAGACCACCAACGCCACGGUGUCGGAUGUCGUGUGCGUUGCACCGGAGGAAGUGAAGGACAAGCGCCUGAAUGAUAUGAGCAGCCUGCACGAUGAGUGCGUCUCGACGGAUUUCGUCCUCCAUCAGUCGGUGGCGUCCGAGUCUCUCUCCGUUGACACGUUCAGCUAUAAAAACGACGUCUAUGUGGCUAUCGCUGCUCCCAGCACAGAGAGCUGCAUGGUUUUCCAGUGGGACCACAUAGAAAUGAACUUCAGGACUUAUGACAACAUUACAGGUCAGUCUAUCGUUGGGUGCAAGACCGUCGUGAUCCAGGAUGAAGUGUUUGUCAUCGUGGCUCAGCUCUUUGGUGGAUCACACAUCUACAAGUUUGAUGAUGACCAAAGCAGGUUCAGCAAGUUCCAGGACAUUGAGGUUUCCAAGAUCUCCAAACCUAAUGACAUUGAAGCGUUCCAGAUUGGCUCCGACUACUUCUUCGUGAUUGCAGACAGCUCCAAAGCAGGUCUGUCCACGCUCUACAAAUGGAACGACAAGGGUUUCUACUCCUUCCAGUCGCUGCACGAGUGGUACCGCGACACAGAUGCAGAGUUCCUGGAUUUGGACGGGAAGGCGCACCUUAUUUUGGCGAGCCGCUCUCAGGUGCCUGUGAUCUAUCAGUGGAGCCGGAGCAACCAGAGGUUUGUGCUGCAGGGCGAGAUCCCGGCCAUGGAGGACGUGGUAGCUGUGAAGCACUUCCGCAUCAAGGAGGAACUCUACCUGGCUAUGACGCGCUACAUUGGAGACUCCAAAGUUCUGCGUUGGGGUGCGAAGCAGUUUGCAGAGGUCCAGGCGUUGCCCUCCCGAGGCUCCAUGAUCCUCCAGCCGUUCUCCUUCAAAGGACGUUACUACCUGGCGCUCGGAAGCGACUACACCUUCUCGCAAAUCUACUUGUGGGAUGAUGACGCUAAAGUCUUUGAGCGCUUCAAGGAGGCGUACAUCCAGGCCCCGCGCUCCUUCACCGUGGUUUCCACGGACCGCAGGGACUUCAUCUUUGCCUCGAGCUUCAAGGGAAACACACAGAUCUACGAGCACAUCAUCAUCGACUUAAGCUUGUGAUGGCUGUGCCUUAUUGCCCCUCCUCCAAUCGAACGUCUUCCACUAGAAAAGAUGCAUUCAUGACCAGAAAGGACAAGAACAGACUUCAGAGAAUAACUUUAGUUUUUGAAGUUUCUUAAGGUGUGUGGACUGUCUGUAAUUGGCCUCAAAAAACCUUUAGAGACACAACUAUUUCAGAAACAGAAGAGAAUCUAGCUAAGAUGCAUCUGAAAACAAAAAUUACUACGCUGAUUGACUUCGGUUUAAUAUUUUAUGUUUAUGUUUUUAUGUCUCAGAAAGAUUAAUGAAAACCUGGAAGAACCAUUUAUUUUCACCCAUUUUAGAGCAGGUGUGGCUGGAGCAGGAUUAGUUGCCUCUGACCUCAUAUCCUCCAACCCUGUGAUAACGAACAGUUUUGCCUUAUGAACACUGGGGCUCCGAUGGACCCACAGCGCCUCCCUCUGGCUCUGAUGAUGCAUCACACCCCUUUGCUUUUUCCAUAUAGGGAAUGUCUUGAAAGCACAAUCCUUUAAUUAUUAUAGGUGAGAUCCUGGUCCUUAAAGCGUAGCCAUUUAGUGAAGGUGAUGUUGUAGGUGCUAUAGAUCUUAUUGUAAACUGUAAAGUCAUUUUUUGAUUUAGAGAGUGAACCAUUCAGGACUGGAUAUAAUCCCAACUAAAGCUUUGUCAGACUAAAACCCUAAGACAGUGGUGACGCAAGUAAACAAAUUUUAUUUAUUAAUUGAAAGGAUCUGUGUUUAGUUGAUGUCAGAGAAAAGAGAUCUUUAAUAUUUUAGGUCAGUGGCUUCAGAGACAUAACUUUGAGGGUUUGUCCAAUUCUAAAUGAUACUAAAUGUCUGUGUAAAUAUAUUCAGAUAUUUUUAGUCUGUCGUUCUGAACUUUGACUGUACAUAAGAGAAGACAUGCAAUGCCACUACCUGUUUCUCACACAAAAGAUGAAUAAGUCUUUGCACUUACUUUAAAAAUCUAAUCUUACUGCAGCUUGGAAGAGCAUGACAUUCAAAAAAAGGGUGUUUGCUAACUUAUUUUUAGAUGAACCUAACAAUGUCUGAACGUUCUGCUCAUUAAGUGAAUGAACAACAUACAGUAAUGGAAUAUGCAAGCUUCACAACGUGCAGAUUCUUUUGUAUGGUUUAGAUUUAAGCAUAUUGAAUGUUACUACUUAAAAUAUACUGUACAUAAAAUCAGUUGAAUAAAACUAAAUGUGUAUAAUAUCA